AACAUUAGAGAGUUAAUGUUCAUUCAUGAAAUUUGCUCUGUUUUUACGUACACACUCGUUUACAACGGAGUCACGUGCUUGGCUUAGCGCGUGGAUUGUUACUUUUUGUUUAAGCAGUUGUAUUUGUCUAUCCGCCAUAACAACAUUCAGUACCGUCGUAACAUGUCAACAUUUUUUACAUACUUUGUGUCUAUUUACUUUUAAAUCUGAAAGCAGGCCGAACGAACAGAGCUGCGCCUAAUUACCGAUUUUCAAGUCGCAGUAGAAAGUUCGCUUGUGACAGCUGUGUAUUGCCUGGCAGUAAACCGUGUACAUGGAAAAUGCUUCGACUCACAUUAACACUGGGCCUGCUUUCGGUUGCUUUUGCAUUCUUUGACGAUCUUCAUUUACCUGAUAACCCAUUGUACUAUAACGAAUAUAGUCGGCAAUGCCGUAUUCCCGUCAAAUGUGCCAGCGAUAGUCGAUGCCCCGAGGUUUACGAUUGGAAGGACUUGGAACGUUGGGCUCAACGUGAAGCAUACACCCGUUUCGAGUGGGAAUCCAGCUUUACAGAUCAGCCGUGUUCAUUGAUCAGUAAAAGUGAAUAUGACUAUAAUCUGUUUUCCACCGGUGGAUUAUCGACUGAUGAAGAAAUAGGAGUGAAGAACACGAUGACAACAGAUAUUCUGUUGGAAUAUUUGUCUGAAAAAGCAAAGUGUCCUGUGAGGAACCUGCUGGAAGGUCGAUGUCCGAGUGUAAACCAGUCGUUAUCUCUGGAAAAAUGCAAACAUAAACCGCUGUAUAAAUGUGAUCCAUCGUAUCCCUACCGCUCUUACAAUGGUAUUUGCAAUAAUCUGCGACACGCAACCUGGGGUCAGGCAGGCAAUCCCUUGAAAUUGGAAAUAGCGCCCUGCUUUGACGAUUUUGUUUCAAAACAGCGCCGAAGCUCAACCGGAAAAACUUUGCCAAAUAACCGAGAAGUAGUAAGCGAUAUACAACGUGCAUUGAGCAAAUUGUCGACUGAUAAAUCGUCUGCCGAACACAUGUUCAGUAUUUUCGGUUUAAUGUUUGCUGAAUUUGUCACGUCGGAUAUGAUUGGUCGUGUGAUGAAGCGUGCUCGCAAUGCUACCGGUGGGUUCCGGGGAUGCCUGGCUGACGGAAAAGGGCCAUCCCCGUAUAAAGCUCCUCUGACUGCGCCUUUGAAGGUUCUUCCUAAUGAUACAAACUAUGGUCCAAAGGAUGUUGAAUGCCUCAACUUCAGUCCAAUUGAAAAUGCAAAUGACCAAUGCGAUUUGAGGUACCCGACCAAAAGGAACACCGCCACGAGUUACCUUGAUUUAUCUGGAAUGUACGCUGAUGGCCAACAGUACGACGAAAACGGGAAGCUAAAAACAUCUUACUGCGGAGCAUCCAACACAUUUGAUCGGAAUCAUGUCAUAUCCAUUCAAUUUAUGGCAAUUGCUGGCUUAUUUGCCAAACUUCAUAAUUAUUGCAUCGAUAGAGUACGAUCCUGCGGACAGCAUCGGAAUACGGAGGAAAUUACAGAAAAAUGCCGCGCAUUAACGACUGGCGUCUACCAACGAAUCGUUUACGACGAAUGGCUGUAUAGCUUGUUUGGCGACGACCUAUUCCAGCAAUGCAACUUCACGUGCGAGUACGAUGAAACAUUGGAAUCGACUGUAUCGUCGACGUACACUAACGCUCCCGGUCGUUUCCAGCAUGUUUGGAUUCCUGACCAUUUCACUGUAGUACAAGACAGUCAACAUAUACAAAAACCAGUGUUUGAGUUUUUCCAUAACUUCCACUCGUUCGACUGCCCAAGCGUAAUAGAGGGAAUGUUCAACGAUUCGAUUCGCGUUGACACUUUAUCGGAAACGCUCAUAAAUACUUUCUUUACCGAUGACGGAGUACAUGGGCACUGCCUAUUGUGUCUGGAUCUAGAAAGAGGUCGUGACGCAGGUUUAUGCCCAUUGGUUUUGUAUAAGCAUUACUUUGACAGGAUCUCCGAAAAUCCGACUAAAUGCUACAAUUCAUUUGAUGACUUGAAUGACAUUUUUUACAAAGAGUUGAUAGAUGUCUUCAAAAAACAUUACGAGAGUCCAUUUGAUAUAGACGCACUUUUCCUGAUAUUCGAAAAUGAAAUACCAGAUGGAUCUUUUAUGCCCAGGACGGUGGCAGCGUCGACAUGUGUUCAGUUCAAAAAUUUGAUGUGCAGUGAUCGCUUUUUCUACUCCUGGAAUCAGUUUAUGUCACCCGCUAUGAAAGAACUGAUAAACUCAAUCGACAUGGUGACUUUGUUGGGGCUGUUUGGAGAAAUACAACGAUUACCACGCAAUCCGUGGUUCGUUCACUCGGAGACGUUCUCUGCAGAUGAAGUUUUCCAGGAAAUGGAAAGCAAACGUCAUCUAUUCUGUAGGCUUUGAAAAAUGGCAUACAAAGAUUGCAUACAUCUGUAGGUAUGUAAAUAAAAAAUAUUAA